GCAGCGGCGCAGGACCCGUCGAGGGGAGACCGAGCCUGCGAAGCUGGCGUCUGGGGGGGCCAUGGUGCCCGGCGCCCGCGGUGCACUGCUGCCGAGGACUGCCGGGCCCAGCCUCCUGGCCCUGUUGCUCGCGGUCUCCGCCCCGCUCCGGCUGCAGGCGGAGGAGCUGGGUGAUGGCUGUGGGCACAUCGUGACCUAUCAAGACAGUGGCACAAUGACAUCUAAGAACUACCCAGGGACUUAUCCCAAUAACACUGUGUGCGAAAAGACUAUCAGAGUCCCAGAGGGGAAGAGACUGAUUCUGAGGUUGGGAGACUUGGAUAUUGAAUCCAAGACCUGUGCUUCUGAUUACCUUCUCUUCACCAGCUCUUCAGAUAAGUAUGGUCCAUAUUGCGGAACUAUGACUGUCCCCAAAGAACUCUUGCUGAAUACAAGUGAAGUGACUGUCCGCUUUGCAAGUGGAUCCCACAUUUCUGGCCGGGGUUUCUUGCUAACUUAUGCCAGCAGUGACCAUCCAGAUUUAAUUACGUGUUUGGAACGAGCUAACCAUUAUCUGAAGACCGAAUACAGCAAAUUCUGCCCUCCUGGUUGUAGAGACAUAGCAGGUGACAUUUCUGGGAAUAUGGUAGAUGGAUAUAGAGAUACCUCCUUACUGUGCAAAGCCGCCAUCCAUGCAGGAAUCAUUGCGGAUGAACUGGGCGGCCAGAUCAGCGUGCUUCAGCGCAAAGGGAUCAGUCGAUAUGAGGGAAUCCUGGCCAAUGGUGUACUCUCAAGGGGAGGUUCCCUGUCAGACAAGCGAAUUCUGUUUACCUCUAAUGCUUGCAGCAGAUCCUUGAGUUUGGAACCUGACAGGCAAAUCAGAGCUUCUUCCUCUUGGCAGUGGGCCAAUGAGGUUGGAGAACAAGUUCACUGGUCUCCUGGCCAAGCCCGACUCCAGGACCAAGGCCCAUCAUGGGCUUCAGGAGAUAGCAACAGCAACCACAAACAACGAGAGUGGCUAGAGAUAGACUUGGGGGAGAAAAAGAAAAUAACAGGAAUCAGGACCACAGGAUCCACACAGUCAAAUUUCAACUUUUACGUGAAGAGUUUUGUGAUAAACUUCAAAAACAACAACUCGAAGUGGAGGACCUAUAAAGGAAUUGUGAAUAAUGAAGAAAAGGUGUUUCAGGGCAACUCUAACUUUCGGGACCCUGUGAGGAACAAUUUCAUCCCUCCCAUUGAGGCCAGAUACGUGCGAGUUGUCCCUCAAACAUGGCACAAGAGGAUAGCCUUGAAAGUGGAGCUCAUUGGUUGCCAGAUUACACAAGGUGGGAACGUCACCACUGUCGCUGUUCCACUGGUGCUCCUUGUGGUCCUGCUGCUCGUAGGACUGGGGAUCUUUGCAGCCUUCAGAAAUAUAAGGAGGAAGAAGAAGGGAAAUCCAUAUGGAUCAACUGAAGCUCAGAAACCAGGCUGUUGGAAGCAGAUUAAGUACCCCUUUGCCAGGCACCAGUCAACCGAGUUUACCAUCAGCUAUGACAAUGAGAAGGAGUUGACACAAAAGUUAGAUCUCAUCACCAGUGAUAUGGCAGAUUACCAGCAGCCUCUCAUGAUUGGCACCGGGACAGUCACAAGGAAGGGCUCCACCUUCCGGCCCAUGGACCCGGAAGCCCACGAGGUAGGGGCGAGCUCCGAGCCUGGCGGCCACUACGACUGUCCUCACCGCGCCGGCCGCCACGAGUACGCGCUGCCCUUGACGCACCGGGAGCCUGAGUACGCCACGCCCAUCGUGGAGCGGCACCUGCUUCGGACCCACACCUUCUCCGCGCAGGACGGCUACCACGUCCCCGGCCCCAGGCCGGCUCACAAACACUCCCUCUCCGCCGGAGGCUUCUCCCCUGCGGCGGGAGCCGGCGCCGAGAGCAGAGACUAUCAGAUGCCCCAGAGCCCCGCGCCGGCGGACCGGGGCUAUGACAAGCCCAAAGCCAACAGCGUCUUGGCCCCCCAGAGCAGAGACCCAGAUCCUCAGGAGCCGCGGCUGAGUCCGGGGGAGAAUGACGGUUACUCGGCUCCCAGAGACUGCCUCCAGCCCCUCCACCACACUGCCACGCCGGCCCUUUAGCGAACACAAUGUGAAAGCCACUUGGUGUGGUCCUCGGUGGCGGUGUGCCUGAGCCCCUGGAAGAAGGGAGGCUGCUGUGCAUCCCUGUGUGCGCGCGUUCGAGUCCACGGGAGCCCGCGGAGAGGUGCUCUCCAACUGUUUACAAAAUCGUGCAGCUGAUACUGUUCCGACCCUUAGGGCGAGAAUCUGUCGGUUUUUGUUGGGCUAGAAAAUAACGAAAAUUUCCAGAUGGCAUUGUCAUUUCUCUAACUGUGAUACUGAGCUUCUUUGGUGUAAGAUGUGCAAUCGAUACAGAGUUGUAUUUAACAAGAAGUGAAAGUAACCGAAGGUUGUCUUACCGGAGUUCAGGCCUGCCCAGAGGUUAAGUGGGAAAAUGCAGCCGCUGCUGUGUGCCGCGGUAUACACCAGGACGUCCAUUUUCCCCCAGCACGUUUUGGUAUCCCAUACCGAGCUAGCAGCAGGCCUGUCUCAGCUUAAUCCUGUUGUUACUGUGGCUCAUUUCCUUUCCUUUGAUAGCUAGAACUGAAAACAUUUUUAACAUUCUUCCCCUGGAAGAAAUGAAAUUACUUGAAGCAUGAAAAGCACACCGGGGUGGUGGUUUGUUUGGCAGUUACAAUUGUAGAUUAAGACAAACAAACUCCACCUCUGCGGUGGCCCGUUUCUUUAGACUCCACUUCAUGGACAAGGAUGUGAAGUGGCAGACUGAGAGGCCCAUCUUCCCUGGCUGCUGGAGAC